AUGAAACGGAACAGAAGUGGUGGUGGUAAAAGGAAAAGAGGAAGGCAAAAGACAGCCCCUCACCUGAGGCAAGUACAGGCUCCCUGUGAGGCUGCUGGUGGCUUCGAGCCACCUUCCAUACCCAAUGAUCCCAACAUGUUUUGUCCUCUGAGUCGAGGUUUCAUGGAGAAACAUCUCCUCAAGACAGUACAGCUUUCUAAAAAAACAAUACGAGAAGCACUGCAGUGUUUUAGAUUUCCAUUGUUGUGGGGUUUUUUUCCUCAUAGGUCGAAGCAUUACUCCAUUUUCUCGGGAAGAGUGAAGCGUUCUGGCAAGAAACUGAAGAAGAAGAAGAUGAACAGCCAGUUCCCAGGGCUCACUGGCCUGACGAAUCUGGGCAACACAUGCUACAUGAAUGCAACUUUGCAGUGCCUUUGCAGCGUGCCACCGCUCUUGGAGUAUUUCCUCUCUGGGAAGUAUGAAACAGCCUUACCAGAGGAGAACGACGAGUCUGUGACUGCCUUUGGAUCCUUGAUAUCCAGUAUGUGGUGUGGAAAGUCUGACUGUGUUUCACCAGAGGGUUUUCAUUCAGCCUUUGCAAAGCGGUACCCAGUUUUCAGCAGAGGUAUGCAGCAGGAUGCGCAGGAGUUUCUCAUCUGUGUGCUGGAUGAGCUCCACAAGGCUUUCAUAAAGCCAAGCAAAAGAAGACAUGGAACUGAGGCAGAAGCGAGCAGAGGGAGCGUCGGUGAAACAUCAAUUAUCACACAGUUAUUUGAGGGACAACUCAGUUACAGUGUCAAGUGUCUGAAAUGCAAGACCACCAUCAACAGACCUGAGAACUUCACCAUUCUCUCCGUGCCCAUCCCUUCCAAGACAUCCUGCUCCCUGCAGGACUGUCUCGAACACUUCUUCCAGCAGGACACACUGACUAGGAACAACCAAGUCCACUGUUUCUGCUGUGGAACUAAACAAGAUACUGCAGUAAAGGGCACCGUAACUAAGGCACCGCAGAUCAUCAUUUUUCACCUGAAGAGGUUUGAAUGGCAAGGCGAGAGCGAAAGGAAACUCUUGACAGACAUCUACUAUCCGCUCAACAACCUGGAUCUCUCUCCUUAUACUUCCUCGCUUCCCUGCAAGGACACCCGGUACAGCCUGUGUGCUACAGUGAACCAUGCUGGUCUUCUGGAUGAUGGCCACUACACAGCGUUCUGCAAGCACGUGAUCAGCGAAAACUGGUACAUAUUUGAUGAUGCACAGAUCACCAAGAUUCCAGACUCCUCAGUGCAGACUGACACAGCUUAUCUCCUGUUCUACACCCGUCAAGACCAUAUCUGAACCCAUUAAAAAUCUGCUAGCCCUGGAAAAUGAAUACCAAAUGUGAAUAAAGAGCAAAUAGAAUUCAUGCACAACAUGAGCCAAGUCCUGUUUCAUCAAUAAAUUACAGCAUUUGCAUCACCCGAUCAUCUGGUGUGGUCUCUCAGGAAGAAAUUUCUAGAGAGAAGUGUUACAGCUUCCAAGCCUGGCAAGGACCGAGUAUCCACUCCAUCUGUACAAGGUCUAACGGCUGUUUUUCAUGACAAACCUCAUGCGUUCCUCAAAAGAACACAAAUGGUGAGCAGCGAUGCACCUACCUGAAAAUUCCUAUGUCCUUGUUGAAGUAAGUGAUGCUGUUUUAAGUGCCUUUCAGAAAUAGACAGUGGAGCGAAAGCACCCGGCCAGAACGCUGAGGUAAGUGUUCCAGAAGAGAGCAGUCGGUGAAGUGAUCAGUAAGAUAAGAGUGAGAAAAGGGCAUUCUUCUAGUACUGUCAUUUUUGUCCUUCUAGCACUGCAAAUCUGUUUCUGGUAAACCAUCAGUACUGGUCUUAAUUCCCUCAGCAAGAUGCGUGCGGACAGACAAAAGCUCAAAAUGUAAAAUUAAAGAUUACUGAAUGCCAGCCUCUUCAGAGAGGGAAAACGACCUCACAGCUGGAGCAGGAAAACACACAAGAUGCAACUAAAAUAGUUUUUAAAUUA